GCCUCGUUUCCGUAGGAAGAAGCGCCGGGAAAGAUGGCGGAGGCUGCGGUUUGAAUUCCAGCGGCGCCGCCAGAGUCCGAACAAGACCUGGGCUGGAGGGGGCGGGGACCUGGGGAGCCGGGCGGGUCGCGACAGGGAGGGGAGCCGGUGGUGCCGCCGCCACGGACGCGAGCGCCACCGCCUCCUCUGCGGCCGUGAUGGACUCGGUGCUGGAAGAGGACGUCACCCUCCCCACGCCGCUCCGCGGCUGCAGUGGCCUUGUUCCUGCUUUACCAGAGGACUUAGAUGGCGUCAGCCCCAUUGCUGGUUUGGGAAAUGAUGUGCUCCCAACUGUGUCAGAAGAAACCGUGUCUCCCACCAGAGCCAGGAACAUGAAGGACUUUGAAAAUCAAAUUACUGAACUGAAGAAAGAAAACUUUAACCUAAAGCUCCGCAUCUAUUUCCUGGAGGAAAGAAUGCAACAGGCAUUUGAUGGCCCCACUGAACACAUCUAUAAAACUAACAUUGAGCUUAAGGUGGAGGUAGAGACUCUGAAGUGGGAGCUGCAAGAGAGAGAGCAGCUGCUCAUCAAAGCCUCCAAAGCAGUUGAGAGCCUGGCUGAAGCGGGUGGCUCUGAACUUCAGCGAGUGAAAGAAGAUGCUCGGAAGAAGGUGCAGCAGGUCGAAGAUCUCCUAGGCAAAAGAAUACUCCUUUUAGAAGAGGAUGUGAAAGCUGCCCGGGCAGAACUGGAAAAGGCCUUUGCAGGGACAGAAAUGGAGAAGGCUCUUCGGUUGAGCUUGGAAAACAAGCUUUCAGAGGUGAAGAAGAUGCACGAAGGGGAUUUGGAGAUGGCUGUGGUCCUGGAAGAGAAAGACAGACUGAUUGAGGAGUUGAAGCUGUCUUUGAAGAGCAAAGAAGCUUUAAUUCAGUGCCUUAAAGAGGAGAAAUCUCAGAUGGCAUCUCCUGAUGACAGUGUGUCAUCUGGAGAGCUCCGAGGACUUUCUGCUGCUCUGAGGGGAGAAAAGGAGAGAGAAACUGAGGCUGCACAAAUGGAGCACCAGAAGGAGAGAAACCACUUUGAAGAAAGGAUCAAGGCACUUCAGGAGGACCUGAGAGAGAAGGAGAGAGAAAUUGCUACAGAGAAGAAAAAUAGUUUAAAGAGGGAUAAAGCCAUUCAGGGCUUAACCAUGGCAUUAAAGUCAAAGGAAAAAGAGGUUGAAGAACUUAACUGUGAAAUUGAAGAGCUCAGUGCUGCCUUGGCUAAAGCCAGAGAGGCCCCCCUGACAGCACAGACCCAGACACUCCAGGGGUCUGAAGAGUACGAGGCUGCUGUGGUGGCAAAGGCAGCCCGUUUGGCAGAGCUGCACUCAGAAAACCUCACCAAGGGUGCGGAGAACCGUAGACUGCGGAGGAACUUGAAGAAGGUCACCCAGGAGCUGAGUGACUUGCAGCAGAAGCAGGAGAGACUAGAGAAGGACUUGGAAGAAGCCCAUCGAGAGAAGAGCAAGGGAGAGCGCACCGUCCAGGACCUUAGAAAUGAAGUUGAGAAGUUACGCAAUGAAGUGAAUGAAAGAGAGAAAGCAGUGGAGAACCGUUAUAAGAGACUUCUGAGUGAAAGUAAUCAAAAAUUGCACAGUCAAGAGCAGGUGAUCAAAAGUCCAGCAGAAAGGGCCAUUCAAAAAGACUUAUUGCUUCAGAAAUUCAAUGAAAAAGAUUUGGAAGCAAUACAGAAGAAUUGUUAUUUAAUGACUGCCAAAGAUCACGAGUUCAGAAGUGAAGACUUAAUAACAGAAAAGUGCUCUUCUCACCAGUCACCAGGUAGCAACAUCAUCUUCUCCGAGGAAAAGCAACGAUCCGAUUAUGAAGAACUGAUUGAAGUCUUAAAGAAAGAACAGGACAUCUAUACCCACCUAGUAAAAUCAUUACAGGACUCAGACAGUAUCAACAACCUGCAGGCUGAGUUAAACAACAUUUUUGCCCUGCGGAAGCAGCUGGAGUGGGACAUCCUCUCAAGCCGGAAUUUACAAAAGGCCCUGGAGGAGCAGAUCAGUGAAAUAAGGAGGCGGGAAGAAGAACCAUUUUCAUUUUAUAGUGAUCAAACAUCUUAUUUGAGUAUUUGCCUUGAAGAGCACAGUCGGUUUCAAGUGGAACAUUUUUCUCAAGAAGAACUUAAGAAAAAGGUUGGUGACCUCAUCCAGCUGGUGAAGGAAUUGUAUACAGACAACCAGCACAUGAAGAAAACUAUUUCUAAUCUCUCCUGCAUGGAUGUGCAGGGAGGUGACAGACUUGAACAAACAAAGCUUCUGGCUAGCAAGGAGGAUGAGGACACGAGCAGAAUUGGAGAGGAUGAUGCGAGUAAUUUCCUGAGCGACCAGCAUGUGCAGCAGAGUACCAAGAUUGUGGAAGACUGUUACAAAGGAGGCUGCAAAAAUGGCUAUUUAAGGCACACGGAUUCCAGUAUUUUAGACUAUGAUGGAGCCCACAAACCCGGCUGCCCUGGAGACGCAAGCCUCGAAGAAGGCGAGCUCCUGAACCUGCUUGCCCCUUUUCUCAGCGAGAAGGCCACGUUGUUGCUGGAAUCCAGGCCGGACUUUCUGAAAGUGCUACGUGAACUGCUUCUGAAACAAACAUGCUUGACAGAGCAGGAAGUAUCUGGAGAACACCUUGAUGGUAAAACUGUGAAGAUAUUUAAGCAAAUGGUCGAUCAGCUAAGAGGUGAACUUGAGCAUUUCAUCCAAGCCAACUCAUUUUCUAAGCCGCAUGAUGAGCCGAAUUCACAUUGGCCAGCCCGGCUGGUGAAGGAGGGUGGCGUGUCCCAAGUGGAAGUGAAAGAUGCCUCAGUGCAGACUGUGGCCAUGGAAGGUGAUGCGCUCAGAUUCACACACGAAGGCAAGAGGCCGCCAGAUGCCAUAUUCAGUGCCGAGCAUCAGCCAGAGAACUUGGGCAGCAUGCCAGGGUGCCAGGCCACUCUCCUUUCCUCCUCCAGUUGGACUGACAAAGAUGCUAAGAAGUCCCGCCUGCCCAUCCUAAUGAAACCGUCCCAGUCAUUAGGAAGUGCGUAUCGGCUCCCUGCCAGCCAGGAGGUGGUGGUCCAGCUGCAGGGGGAGCUGAAGGAGUUUAAAAUUUGUAAUAAACAACUUCACCAGAAGUUAAUUCUGGCUGAAGCAAUGAUGGAGGAGAGGCCAGCACCAGACAAAACGCUCCUGAAAGCCCAGCCCCUUGUGGGAGCAGCCUGCCAGGACAGCCCAGGAGAGCAGAAAGGAAGUAAAACCACACCCUGGGUCCGGAGCAACGAGGAAGGGGAUGGCGAUCAGCAAGCUGGCUGUGAGACGGACUCUGAAAUUUACCAGCCUGAUGCCCUUGCCAUCUUGCCAACAAGCAAAGAAAAUCCUUCUGAAGAUAUCCUGGGCCCAACUUCAGUAGCUAAUGACUUGAGUUCUAAGAGUCAACUUCCCACUAAAGUCGGUGUGAUUGGGACCCAUCAGUCUGAAAACAUCGAUACCUCAAAUGAUACAGAAAACUUAAAACGGAAAAUCUGUGCCUUGGAAACUGAGCUCAAGGGCUACCGGAAUUUCCUACUUCAGCUUCAGAAGCACUCCCAGUGCAGUGAGGCCGUAAUCACAGUCUUGUGUGGGACAGAGGGAGCCCAGGACAGCUUGAACAAGCCCAAGGGCAGUACCAAUGAAGAAGAAAUGACCUUUUCCAGUUUGCACCAAGUACAUUAUGUGAAACACGUGAAAAUCUUGCAUCCACUGGCCUCAGAGAUGAUUGACAGUGGGAUGCUGGAGGGCCUCCAACAGCAGCUGGUGGUACAGGAAUAUGAGCUGCAGAAGGAGCAGAAUUUGAACAUGGAACUUUUUAGUGAAAUAUGCAACCUACAGAAUAAGUUCAGAGAUCUCUCACCUGAUUCAAGAUACGAUUCAUUAGUUCAGUCUCAAGCCAGGGAGCUCUCCCUUCAACGACAGCAGAUUAAGGAUAGCCGUGGCAUCUGUGUCAUUUAUCGUCAACAUAUGAACACCAUGAUCAAGGCAUUUGAGGAGUUGCUGCAGGCCAGCGACGUGGAUCACUGCGUGGCCGAGGGUUUCCAGGAGCAGCUGAAUCAAUGUGCUGAGCUGCUUGAGAAACUGGAAAAGCUGUUUCUUAGCGGAAAAUCAGUUGAAGUGGACAUGAACUCCCAGAGUGAACUGGUAGAGAGGGCUGAGGAAGACAGCUUAACCUCCCAACAUGUUCUCCCUGACUCUCCUGAGCCUUCAGCCUCUCGUGCAUUGUCCGACUGUGCAAUGUCCAAGAAGUCCUCCCUCUUCUCCCAAGACCAGAAGCAAGACAGCGAGACUGAGAAGAGUUUGAUUGUGGUGAACAAAUUCUCUCAAGACUUACUAAUGGAACUUAUACAAGAAAUUCGGAGUUUGAGAAACCGUUUAGAAGAAUCUAUUAAAACAAAUGAGAAACUACGGAGACAGCUGGAACGGCAAGGGUCUGAAUUUGAUCAAGGUUCUACCAACACUUUUGCUUAUGAUUCAGAGCUGCAUAAUUCUCUGACAUCAGAAAUUAGUUUCCUGAGGAAACAGAACCAGGCCCUCAAUGCCAUGCUUGCUAAAGGAUCCAGAGAUAAACAGAAGGAGAAUGAAAAAUUACGAGAGUCCCUCUCCAGGAAGACUGCGAACUUUGAGCACCUUCAGCAGGAAUAUGCCUGUGUGAGGGGAGAGAAUGAAAGGCUGCAGAAGGAGGUCGGCGAGAAGGAGAGGCACAACCAGCGGCUGCUUCAGGAGGUCAGCAGCUGCCGCGGCGAGCUGAGCAGGGUGCAAGAGGAGGCAGAGUUGAGGAAGCAGCUGCUCGCUCAGAACGAGAAGCUACUCCAGUCCGUCCGGGUGGAGCUGAAGGUGUAUGAAAAGCUGGACGAGGAGCACAGGAGGCUGAGAGAGGCAGCAGGAGACAGCCAGAGGGGGCAGGACCCCUUCAGUGACGUGCAAGGUCUGCUGACAGAGAUCCAGGCUCUGCGGGCACAGCUGGAAAGGAGCAUCGAAACCAGCAGCACACUGCAGAGCAGGCUGGAGGAGCAGCUGGCGAAGGCGGGGAAGGAGGCUCCGGAAGCGGCGCUCACCGGGGCUCUCCACCCCGGGCCCAGCCCUGAGCCGCCCCUGCAGCUGGGCAAGCACGGUGGUGACAAAUGUCCCAUGACAAUUGAUAAUUCAUGUGAUCCAGUUGAUUCUAUGCUGGCCAUGCCAUCGAGAUCAGCUCCAGAGACUUCUCCACUCUCCGGAAAUGAAAUCGACUCCCUCUCUUGCUGCAGUGGCACUUCAGCCACCAGCACCACGUGCAAGUCCCACAUGGUCCCUGGCCACCGCCUGUGGGCCAGCAGGAGCGGCUGCCAUGUCCUGGGCCUGGUGGAGGACUACAAUGCCCUGUGCAAGCAGAUUGGCCAGGGCCAGAAGCUCCUUGCCGAGAUGGACAUUCAGAUCCAAAAGGCUCCCAACCCCACAGGUCGGGAGCUGGGAACAAAGGGUCCAAACUCCACCCCCCUGCUUGGGUUUGUCACCAGCGUCAGCACAGCCAAACUGAUCCUGGAAGAGGCCGCGAGGCUGCUGAUGCUUCUCUGGAGGGUCUCACUCCCCACGAAUGGCCAGUGCACGCUUCAGUGUGAGCAGACUGGAGAAAUGAAGGCAGAGAUCACCAAACUACACACAAAAUUGUUUGACCAAGAAAAGAAAUUGCAAAACACCAUGAAGCUUUUGCAGCUGAGCAAGCACCAAGAAAAAGUCGUCUUUGAUCAGUUGGUCGUGACCCACAAAGUCCUUCGGAAGGCCAGAGGAAACCUGGAGCUUAGGCCUGGGGCUGUCCAUCCAGGAGCAUCCAGUCCCAGCAGACCAGGCUCCUGAGGAGAACUUCCAGCCAAUAAAGCCUGUGGUUCCCUGCCGUC